AUGUCGGCAACGUUCUUCCCGAAACAAGCUGUCAAGUUUGAUGGGGCUCUCGCCCAGGAGCUCCAGGGCAAUGUGACCGAGGGGAUCGCACAAGAGCUUCUUAAAGUCGUGCCGCCGAUCAAAUCAGGCUUCGUCAUUCAUGACAAUGGCUGCGGCUAUGGCUCUAUGACAGGCGAGAUCAUGAACUCGGGCGUCCCCAACGAUAUCAAGAUACAUGCGACCGAUAAGAGUGCCAAUUAUCUAGCUCAGCUGCGUUCUACGCUCACAAAGAACCCUUCAUGGCCUGUGGAAGUUGCAGAAGUCAACGCCAACGACCUGACGUUUGCAGACAACUAUUUCGACUUAUCUAUCACGGAUUUUGUCCUCCUCGGUCUCGAUGAUGAAAUUGGUGCCGCAAAGCAUAUCCUGCGUACCGUCAAGCCUGGCGGAACUGCAGCCAUCGCGGUCUGGAAAGAAAAGCCUUGGCAGGCUGCUUUGAAAGAAGCACAUCGCCGUACUCCAGGCGACGAUGCACCCAUCCCGCCCUUCCUUGCCGUUGUCGACUACGACACGGAGCAGUUCAAGAGUAUCCUGAAUCAGGCAUUGGACUGGAUUGCCAUGCCUCAAUUCACCUCCCACAUAUCGCACCUGACCGCACAGCUGGCCAGCACUGUCACCAUCUACACCCACGGCAAUGAGGAGCUCGCCAAGCAGAUUGCGCCGAUGCUGGAGGGCAAGCCGUGGAAGGCAGACACGCGCAAGAUUGCCAAGUUUGCCCUCAAGUCUCCCGGGGAUACCACGGUCGAGAUCACCUUCGAGGACGGCACCACCGCAACCGAGGCCUUUAUCGGCCACGCCCCAAUGACGCUGGUGAGAGGCCCCUUUGCGGAACAGCUCGGCCUCAAGCUUUCGCCCACUGGCGGCGAGUACGAGACGAACGGCCCGUUCCAGGCCACUAGCGUUCCCGGCGUCUACGCCGCUGGCGACACGAUACACAUGUUCAAGGUGUGGCCGAACGCUGUGGCGACCGGAGCCCAGGCCGCUGCCGGGGUGGCUGUCAAGCUUCAAGAGGAGAAGUGGAAUCUCCCGUCCAUUUUCGGAUAA